AAACCGAGGGUACGUUGAAUAAAAAGUAGGUUUUAAACGGCUGACAUCCCAAGAUUCUCAACCCCCACGCCCCCAUCCCGGGCGGGAUGGUCAUUAGUGUAUGCGAUACCGGAGCAUCGCAAACAAAAUAUUUUCAGCCCAGCGACGAGGCGUAGUCUACGGCGACACCUGGAACACAAAGCUACCGGCUUUGUGUCUGCUUGUUUGAUUGGCGUUAUGGCGACCGAGAAGAGCAACCCGACCAUGAAUCAGGACCUCGAAGCGGCGGCGCCCGCACCAAGCGAUCAUGAGAAUCAUGAAAGGAAUGUAACCGCCAAGGAUGAAGCCAUCGCCAUGGUCGGUGAGCAGCAACAUACCGUUGACCCUGCUGUGGUUGCGCGAGCAGUCCGCAAGAUAGACUGGUUCCUAAUUCCCGCCAUGAUCUUUGGCUACGGCAUCGUCUACUACGACAAGGCCAUCCUCGGCUCCGCCGUCCUCUUCGGCAUGACAGCCGACCUCGAGCUCACCAUCACGGACCCCUCCACGACCCCGCCCACCGUCGACACCUCACGCCUCUCGUGGGCCACCUCGCUCUUCUACUUCGGCAUGCUGGCCGGCCUGUACCCCAUGUCCUUCGCGCUGCAGCGCUUCGACAUCGGCCGCGUCCUCGGCGCCAUCGUCCUGCUCUGGGGCGCCAUCUGCAUGCUCACCGCCGCCGUGACCUCGUACCGCGGCCUCUACGCCCAGCGCUUCUUCCUCGGCUUCGUCGAGAGCAUCGUCCCCACGGGCUUCAUGUGCAUCAUCGCCGGCUACUACACCCAGAAGGAGCAGAGCCUGCGCCAGAGCUGGUGGUUCAGCAGCACCGGCCUGUUUACCAUCCUCGGCGGCGCGCUCAACUACGGGUUCGCGCAGAUCGAGGGCGGCGGGCUGAGGAGCUGGCAGUAUAUUUAUCUGCUGGCGGGGGCGUUGACGGUGCUGUUUGGCCUGUUUUGCUUUGCCAUGCCGAACUCGCCCGUCACGGCCUGGUUCUUGACAGAGGAGGAACGGUUUGCGGCUGUGGAGAGGCUGCGGUAUAGCCAGACGGGGGUGCGGUGUACAAGCAUCAAGAUGGGGCAAGUGAAAGAGUCGUUCUUGGAUGUCAAGACGUAUUUGAUCUUUGUCAUGAUGGCGUCGGCGUAUACUAUGAACGGUGCGGUCAGUGGAUUCGGCCCGCUCAUCGUGUCGACCUUUGGCUGGAAUACGCUGCAUUCGAUCGUGUUCCAAUUUCCGCUUGGGGCACUCUGCUUCAUCGUUAUCCUCGUCACGGGGUAUUUGGGUUCCAAAAUCCCCAACAUCCGCCUCAUCAUGCUCAUUUUGACAUGCCUGCCCGUCAUCGCGGGCUGCGCCAUCAUCUGGAAGAGCGAGUGGUCGUACCGGGCUGCGGCGCCGGUAGUCGGCUACUCUAUCACCGGCUUUUUUGGCGGGACGGUUAGUCUCAUCAUCACGGUUGGGAUGUCCAACGUGGCGGGCCACACUAAGAAGAGCUUUAUGGCGGCCACCAUCUUCGCUGCGUACUGCGUGGGGAAUAUUGUUGGGCCACAGCUCGUUAAGUCACAGACAAGGCCGCAGCAUUACCCGGAGCUGUGGUUGGGGUUGAUCAUCUGCUACAUAAUAUGCAUUGCCGCAUCGGCUACUCUUUACAUCGUAUUAACGGCAGCAAACAAGAAGAAGUCUGCCGUCCCCGAGGACGAGGCGGAGCGGGCGAAACUGGCGUUCCAGGAUUUGACGGACAUGGAGAACCCCUAUUUUAGAUACGUCCUAUGAGCGUUACCACAGACAUCUGUGUCACGGUUGUAUAACACAAAUGGAU